UGUAGCGUUACCUUUGCGUUGAGUAAACUAGAUUUGGCGUCUUUGUCCUCUACCAUGCGAUCAUCCCUUAUCGCGUGUCCUAAGAUAUAUCCGGCUGUGGGACGCUACAACAAAAUGCUAUCUUAUCUGUUCGCGUCGAGUCUCUCCGACGUUAGGCAGUGGCCCUGUCUUUGCGUGCGUCGAAGGAAAAUGAGAAUGUUCGUGUGACUUUUGUGCCUGGAUUUACGCGUGACAACGAUGGGAGGACUUACCAAAAAGAUGCCGAUUUUCCGGAAGAAACGCAAGUUGUCGUCGGUGCAUAUUCCCCUGCGUGGAAGCAGGUCGUCGGGGAAUAUGAACUUGUUUCAGUUGAUAGCGGACGGCAAAAGUUCAGUUCUCUACCGAUAUCUGGGAGAUCUGAGCGAAUCAGUUCGGAAGAUCAAGUUCAACGAGAGGGACAAGGCCACUGGAGCCACGCUGGUGCAUCAGGCCGUCAAGGUCAAGAACAGUUCCAUCCUCGACAUGCUCAUCACGCUCGGCGCAGACCCCAACGCCAGAGACAACAUGGGCUUCACUCCACUGCAUUAUGUUGCAAGAUUCGUACGGCCAGAAAAACGACGUAGCGUCGCUCUCACUUGUGAAGACUCCGCGUCUCUCAUGAUCCAGACGCUUCUCGACGUCGUCGGCAAUGGAGCCAAUGCCAUCGACUCCUGGGGCAUGACUCCCUUGCAUCACGCCUCCCUAUCUGGCAAUGCGCAUGUUGUCAAAUGUCUGUUACCCUACUCCAGCGUCAACAAAGAGGCGACCGACAAGCAGGGUCGAACGGCUCUUCAUAAUGCAGCCACAUUGGGCGACCUAGAGGUCGUGCACAUGCUGGUGCAAGACGGUGCGAACGUGAAUGCUACGGACAAGAAAGGCCUUACAGCUGUUCACAUUGCCGCCAAAGAGGGAAACCUGGAUGUCAUUCGACUUCUUUGUGGACGCUGCUCUGAAUCGCAGGUCAAAGAAAUCGCCGCUUCUGGACAUAGCACUGCAGACAUGUUGUCCAAGCUGGAUAGACAGCAGAUGUCGCCUUUGCAUUACGCUGUCGAGAAUAACCAUCCAGACAUCGUGCGUUACUUGCUGGAGAAUGGUGUGAACCCUAAUGUGAAAUCCACCACGAGCUACGCUCCAUUAAACUUGGCUGCUAUUCAUAGCACGGUUGAAGUCUGCAAACUCCUAAUUGAGCAUGGCGCUGAUGUAGAGAGUCUUGCGGAAGACAACAAGACACCGCUACUACUUGCCUCGCAGAAUCAGAAGCCUGACAUCGUUACCUACCUGCUUGACCAGGGUGCGGGUAUCGAGGACUGUGACUUAGAAGGCAACACACCUUUACUUUGUGCUGUGGACAGUGGCAACGUGGAUGUCGUCCACAUAUUACUGGAGCGCGGUGCGAACAUAGCAUGCCGUAACGGUGAAGGCUUUAAUGUUCUUCACACUGCUGUCUUGUCCAAGAAUGCGACUGUCCUGAAGCAACUCUUACAGAUACCCAUGUCGAAGAAACUGAUAAACAUCGGCGACAGUGACGGCGACACUCCACUGCAUCAUGCGGCUAAGAAUGCGUUCUUAGACAUUGUCCAGAUGCUGCUGGAGCACGGUGCCCUUCCUUCUGCAAGAAACAACUGCGACGAGACAACGCUGCACUCCGCUUGCGCCUACAAUUUUCCAAAUGUGGUUCGUGAGAUUGUCCGCCAAGAUCGAAGGCUAGUAAACGCUAUGGAUGCGCACUGGAACACACCUCUACACGCCGCCGCUCAGGGUGGGUUCAGUGAGAUCGUUGCUCUCUUAGUCGAGUCAGGCGCUGAAUUGGAAGCUAAGAACUACUACGAAUGGACGCCGCUCACUGUUGCUUGCCGAACUGGUGACUUCGACACUGUUUCAAAUCUGCUCGUCGCAGGAUCCUCAGUGCUAACCGUCGACAAGAUGAAGAACAGGGAAACAUCCCAUGUCAUCAUCACUUCUUCAUUUAUUGUUGUUGUUGUUCUCCAGAACAGACCGCUGCAUGUCGCUGCUCAGUUUGGAAACGACAAGAUCGUUGAUCUCCUUCUAGGCAGAAAAGACGUGAACAGUUUUGUGACGAAGAGGAAUGCCAAUAAGCAGAACUGCCUUGACAUUGCCAUAGAAGGAGACCAUAGGAACGUCGUCGAAGCCCUCCUGAGGAGUCCAUUCUGGAAAGAACUCCUGCAGAACGCUACGGACAGUGAACGGUACGGGAUCCAUCAAACCCCUUUACGUGCCCUGAUACGCUCUAUGCCAGACCUCGCGACACUAGUCUUCGACAACUGCGUAGCUGUGAAAGCAGAAUCAGAAGACGAUCCUAAGAAAACCGUCACCUAUUGCUACGAGUUUCUUGACGACGGCUUCGCCAUUGCUGCUGAUCCUGACUCUGAUGACGAGGAUGACUCGAGCUCUGUCUCAAGUUCUGCGGUUUCCAGAAUCUACGACGAAAGCGGAAACGUCAUUCCCGGUACGGCGCUCUACUCCACGGACUUCGGCACGCUCAAGAGCAACCAUCCGCUUAUGAUCAUGGCGAAUGAGAAGCGACGUGCACUGCUGGGACACGACCUCUGCAAGAGCCUGCUGGUUCACAAGUGGAAGAGCUACGGCCGUUACGUCUAUUACGGCACCAUGUCUAUCUAUGUCUUGUUCCUGGCUUGCUUAACCUUCUUCACGAUCGGAACUCCCGCGCCGUGUCCCAAAGGCUUUCCGGACUUUGACUCCACGUGCUCCUAUAUUGCGCAACAUAAUUCCUGCUCGGUGAUUGGAGAAGCGUCCGACGAAGGCAAGUACAAGCAGACCGAGUUCGCACGUGCCGGGAAGACCAUUAUUUUCAUCGUGUCUGUGGUGUUUCUGCUGAAAGAGAUGUUCCAAAUGUACAACACGCGACUGAAUUACCUUAACCUCGAGAAUCUCUCUGAAUGGUGCUGUUACGUAUGCUCCCUGCUGUUUGUUACGAAUUUCACUGAAUGCUCAUCAGCAACGGGCGUUCCUGAGCCGUGGCAGUGGCAUCUAGGCGUGGUGUCUAUUUUCCUCAGCUGGAUGCUUCUCGUUUUGUAUAUCCGGAAGCUGCCCUUCUUGGGCAUCUACGUGGUGAUGUUCACUAACGUACUCAGCACUUUCAGCCAGUUCUUCCUGGUAUUCUUCCUCUUCAAUAUCGCAUUCGCGUUGGCCUUCUUCGCACUGCUGCAGAACCAGGCCGCUUUCGAAACUCCGUGGAGGGCCAUCAUGAAAACGACGGUGAUGAUGGUUGGAGAACUGGAGUAUGACACUAUCUUCCACGAGAACGCUCUGCCUUACGAGACGUCGUCUUACAUACUGAUGGCUCUGUUUCUGGUCUUGAUGACUAUCAUCACGUCCAAUUUGCUGGUCGGACUCGCCGUGGAUGACAUUAAAGGAGUACUGGAGCAGGCGGAGCUUCAGCGACUUGGCAUGCAGGUGAAGUUGGUCUUAACGGUGGAAACGAUGCUACCUACUUGGGCUCGCCGUCGUGUGGUGGUGCAGCGGCGAACGGUUAGGCCUAACAAGAAGUCUCAAGCUCAAACGAUGCUGAGGAGGCUGUUUGGGAUCGCGUUUACGUCUUCACGGCGAACGCACGUUGAAGAAAAGUACACAAUGGAAAAAGUCUACGAACACCAGGAGGCAAUGGACCGCAUGUUGAAGCACCUUGAAGAAAGACUAAACAUCUUAACCCAACAGGGACAUAGACUGGAAAAGGCGCUCAAUAGCAUUACUCGACAUUUGGAAUCUUCAGCCGUUCAAGAGAGUCCUCCCGGAUCUACACAUUCAUCCACCUCACUGAACGUGUGAUAUAGUGUACGAAGUGACACGUGUAUUAAUGGUGUAAAUAUCAUUUGUAUGAGACUAUGAGUGAAGGCGUCCAGCCUGCUGGCCGGCUUUAGCCUCAUCUUAUCAUCGCGUCUUUAUGUGUGUGUGCGUGUGUGUGUGUGUGAGAGAGAGAGAGUUAAGGUUGUGCUAUCGCAGAAAGUCCGCGAGUGCCAGAGGCACAAAGUCAAUUGAGAUGUGCUUGAAACGGUAUGCGCCUGCAUUAAGUACGAGGGAAAAAAAUGUGGUGGCAGGGAAUAAACAGUUAUAUUCA